AGUAGUACUUUUUAGUUGGUCGUCGUCGGUUCGGUGGUCGUUAGUGUGUGCGCCGCAAUUUUUGUUUUCGCGUUUCCAAUCGAAAACCCUGCAAAAUUUUUGCUAGUGAAAACUGCUUGAAAUGUUGUAAUCUAAUUACAAUUACAUGCAAGUGCUUCAAUGUGCAAUUAAGAUGACAAAAUCCGUGUAGUCCGUUAGCAACAGCCAUGUCAGAGAAGGUGAGCAGCGCCCUAGCUGCACAGCUGCAUGCGCAUUCGCUUGCGCUGGCCAACAGCUCCAGCUCCACCACCGAGCUGCAGCAACAGCAGCAGCAGCAGCCAUUGGUUGGUUCCAGGGAGGCGCCACUGCUAUUCGAGACAGAUGCACCGGCAGCUGCGAUUAGUGCCCAGCUGAAUUUUAAGAUUGUGCCCGUGGAUAGCUUAAUGGCGAGUGGCAUGCAUUUGGGACAGGCCAGCAGCCAGGAGAUGUUCGGGCCAAUGAACACUUCACAAAUCUCAAAUGCUUCCACAGAGUCCAGCUGCAGUCCACCGACAGCUGCGCCACCUAAGCCUAGCAGGCACAUGGCCGUGCAGCCCUUAAACAGCAAAUCGUGUCGCUUUCCCAAGUUGGAGGAGUGCGCCCACUUUCAUUACGAGCGUGUACAGCUGGGCGCCCUUUCGGUGCAGCUGCUGGACGACAAAUCGGAGCAACAGCUGGGCAGCAGCAUCGCCUCCCAGUCGAUCGGUGGGGAGCUAGCACACAGCUCAAUGCGCUCUGCUGCAUUUACACCCGAGAGCUGUUGGUUCAUCAUACGUGUUUGUCCGCAAGGCUGUGAACCGUUCCUGAUCAAACGUAGCUACGAGAAUAUGCAAAUGCUCGACGAGAUGCUGCAUCGUUGCGUCUACGAUCGCAAGAUAAGCGGGCUGCGCAACAUGUGCGAACUGGAAGCGGAGGAGGAGCUGCAAUCGGAACUGGAUGUCGAAUAUGUAGUGGCCAAAUAUUUGGAACGCUUCUCUAAAAUCGCCUCCGAUUCGCUGACCUGUGGCACCAUACUUACCUGGCUGCAGCUGGACAACAAGGGUCGACGCUUGCCUCUCGCCGAUGGCGAAACGCAGAGGACUAUAAAUACGCCCGCUGUGGGUGCGGCCUAUGGGGUGCGUCGCUAUCAGGCUCAGGCGCCCGAUGAGAUUAACAUUGAGGUGGGGGACAUGAUAUCCGUCAUCGAUAUGCCCAGUCCGGCGGAAUCGAUUUGGUGGCGAGGCAAGAAGUCGCAUUUGCAAAAGUCCCUCUACGAAGUGGGCUUCUUCCCGCAAUCGUGCGUAGCCACUAUUGGCGAUAAGGUGCCAAGGAAUUUCCCAAUGCCUGCUCCAUUGGUCGGCCAUUUGGAUGCCUCACCCACGAAGCCGGUGCUGCGGAAACAUGGCAAACUGAUUGCCUUCUUUCGUUCGUUCAUCUUAUCGCGACCAUCGCGACGGCGUCUCAAGCAGAGCGGCAUUUAUAGAGAGCGUGUGUUCUCCUGCGAUCUAUCGGAACAUCUGCUGAAUAGUGGCCAGGACAUUCCCAUGGUCUUGAGGUCCUGUGCUGAAUUCAUUGAAAACUAUGGCGUCAUUGAUGGCAUCUAUCGCCUCUCGGGCAUCACAUCGAAUAUUCAGCGUUUACGACGCGCUUUCGAUGAGGAACGUGUCCCAGAUCUGGGUAAUCCGGAGAUGAAGCAGGACAUUCACGCGGUUAGCUCUCUUUUGAAAAUGUAUUUCCGUGAGCUACCCAAUCCGCUGUGCACCUAUCAGCUGUACGACAACUUUGUAGAGGCUAUUCAGGUGAAGGCUGACGAAGCCAACGAACGACUGCGUCUGAUGAAGGAAACGGUGCUAAAGCUUCCUCCUCCGCACUAUCGGACUUUGAAGUACUUGUCGGAGCACUUGCACAAGGUAUCGCAGCAUCACGAACGGACUGGAAUGACGGAUAAAAAUCUGGCAAUUGUUUGGGCGCCCAAUUUGCUGCGCUCCCCGGCCCUCGAAUCGGGGGGCGUUGCAGCACUGCGUGGCGUAGGCGUACAGGCUGUGGUCACCGAGUACCUGAUACGCAACUGUCACAACAUCUUCGAUGCCCUCGAAGAUCACAAUGCCCGACUAAGCAUAGUGGGUAACACAACAGCGGCGACAGCUGCAGCGACUGCGGCACCUAGCGAGCUACGUUUUGAGUCUCUGACGGAUUGUGAGAGUUUGCUGGUGGAGCAGCGCGAACAAGAUCAGUCGCUGGGUCUGAUGGAGCGUCCCAAAAGCCUGAGUACUGGCGGCGCGAAGCUAAUUAGUUUGGAGGAGGCGCAGGAGCGGCAUUCGCGCAUCGAAUGCAGCUCGGAUCUAAAGCAAUCGCUGCCAAUUAACAUGAUAAUGAGCAACAGCACAGCAGCCGCUUCCAACAUUGGGUCCUACAUAGAAGUAGGCGGUGGUCCGUCCAGCCUGCCAGAUAAAUAUCAUACGGUAUUGUCUGUGCCGCGCAGCUGGCAGAAGCGCAAGCCGGAUAAGACGCCAUCUUGGAAAUCCAUAUUCACGCGCAGUCAGCGCCAGGGCAAUGAGCCAGGCCACAAACUAAUCAGCGAUGGAGGGGCUAGCAGCAAAGAUGCAAACGCCUCCACACGUGUCUGCUUUGUACAGGCAUCCCAUGCUCAUGCCAGCAAGGAGUUAUCCAAGCUCGACAAACCCAAGUCCAUUGAGCUGCUAGAGACGACGCGCGAUGCACGUCGUGACUCAUCGCUCGGCAUUAUUGGUAAGCCAAUGGAGCUGUGCAUACGCUCCAAUUCCAUUGAUAGCCUGCGUACAGUGGGUCAUUCGCGCAGUGUUUCCCAUGAUUCUUACUUCGAUCUAUUGCAAUCACCGCAACGUGGGCACAUGACCACUUGCCCGUCGCGUGAACUUUCGGAGUUGGGUUUAAAUUUUGAUAGAGAAGAGCCUGAGAUGCGGAUAUUUUCCGAAAGCGAAUCGUUGGUUAGUUCACCGCGUGUGGGCAAGGAGAACGUGCCACCUGCAACAGGCUGUGCAACGCGUCGCAUUAUGCGCGCUCGCCCCGAAGAGUUCUCCAGUCAGACAAACAGCGUUAAUCCCAGCCCCAAAAAGCAGCCACGUCUUAAUCUGUUGUCUCCCAGUGCAGCCCGCACAGUGCCCCCUUCAGUAAAUCUACAGCAGCAGCAAAAUCAACAGCAGCAACAGCAACAGCCGGGCGGCUGUGGUCAUGAACCCGCUGGUGCUGAGAACUGUUGCAAGCGCUAUAAAUUGGAAGAUCAGCUCUCCGAUAUACAAUUCAUUGACUGCGGCACACCCGAGCAUCCGCAGCCGCAAUUCGCCAGCGUUGAGGUGCAUCAGCCACCGCCACCGCCAAAGCCAGCGCGUGCCCAGCCGUUGCCCUCACCUACAGCUGCCUCUAAUGCUGUUCGCUAUAGCUAUCCUUCAGUUCAGUUGGGUGCCAAGCGCAAGGAGCAGUUGGCGGCGAAGGAGCGUUUCAGCUAUCAAGGCACCUUUACACAGCAGGGUGCAAAGCCGGAGACCACCACAACAAGCAGAGCUAUGCACAAUGGCAGCAAGCUGCCUGUGCCCACUCCCACUACGCCUUCCCAUAGUCCACGGUACUCGCUGCUGUUGUGUGAUACGGAAAGCUCGGAGAAUAGCUCGGCCGUCAAUACGCCACAGUAUGAUAUGGAGCCGCUGAUGGUGAACUCUGUAAUGUCUGGCAUAUCGGGCGUUUCUUCCAACAUGCAACAACAACAACAGCCGUUGCUGCUGGGAGUAGAUGCUGUCAGCUAUUUGGGCAGCUCGCACGAGAGCUUGGGUCAACAGCAGCAGCAGCAGUUUCAUACAGAGCAGCGCGAUAUGCAUGCUUUGAAACGUGAAUUAUCGCUUGACUUGCAGCCGCUGCAACAGCCACGUCGAGGUGUUACAUUGCCCGUCAAGGAUCUACUACAGGCUGCCAGCUCGCCGAACAACUCGAAUUUCACGGACAACACUAGUCAAUCGGUGACGCCCAGCGAGUUUGGCUAUCAGCACUUGCAGCGGCAUUUGAGCAUGCAUUCGCUGCUGGCCACCGAAGAGAGCUCGCCACUCUACGAAGAUUUUGAGCAGACACCCAGCAAUGCGCUGUCGCCAGCAAAGCAACUACCGGUAGCUUCCAUUAGUAGCCCUAUCAAGUCGACAAUUAGCAUAACGUACAAGUCGCCAGAGAAGGAAAAGCCUCCAGCUAAGCCAGCGCAACUGCUGGAAACUAAUUUCGAUGAGAAUAUCGUGUAUGAACAGGUCAAGUUGUUCAGAAAUUCGGUGACGGAGGUAAAUCAACUGCUGAAUGAGCGGCACGGUCAGAGCCUAAAGCAAAUUGAAGAGGAGGAUGGCAGCGCACAAAUGACGCAACAGCUGUUGCAGCUGCAAAAGGAACAGGAGGAGGACGAAGAUGAGGAGCAACGUGCCCAGGAGCAGCUGCUGUAUGAGAACAUUGAGCUGCGCAAACCGAAAACAGUAUAUGAGAAUAUACGUGGCGAGCAAAUGAAACUCAACAUAGUAAACAACGACGCUCUGGAGCUUGAAACGGAUUUAGAUUUGAAUUUGGAGUCAGUGGUGAAACAUCAGCCCAAUUGUGAUCGCAUUGAGCUGGACAGUUUGGAUAGCUUGCCAAGUGUCGAACACAACACCAUGGAACACGAAAAGCAAGAGCAUAUGGAGCAACUGCCACCCAGUAAAUCGCCAUCGUUCAGUGUGAAAGAGUUGGCAACUAAAUUUGAGAGUUCGCCCGUUGACCAAUUGCCCAAUUUCGAUUUCAGUCAACGGGCUGGCUCGAUGAAGAAGCCCAACAAUGAGCUCAGCCUACCGCCCGUUGUAGCACCUCCAAAGCCGUUGCUGAUGCCAGUGCCGCUCAAGAAUCGCAAUGCUAAUGCACAGAAGAUAACACGUUCGCUGGACGAGAAUGCCUUUGUGCGUGAAUUUGGUGGCAAACAGCUGCAGGAUCUGACCGCAUGUAAGCAACAACAGCAACAGCAGCAACCGCAGGUGCCAAUGUCAGAGUUAGACAAUCGCCGUAAGAGCUUUGAUUUCACGCGUCCCAAAACGUUGAAUCCACCCAAGCGUUUGCCAGGAAUGAGCAUCACCGAAGAGAUAUGCCAGAAGCGCAACAAUGAAUCAGUUGAUCAGCUGAUCACCCCUACCACCGAAAAUCGUAUUUCGUUGAUACAACAGAACAAUGUGCCACUGAAUCCGCCUGCGAGCAAUGGACGUAAGAGCGUUUUAACUGGAGUGAUCCUUGAUCGCGAGCGCAUCGAUAAGAUCAAGGAGGAGCGUCGCCAGCAGUUGACACAAAAGUAUUAUGGGGACACCAUCAAGUCGCGUUCGAAAACGGAACUCAAUUCGGCUGACGACAAUUUCCAGGCAUCUGAUUCGCUGCGCGUCAAGUCGAAGUCACGCGGCGAUAUGCAUUCGCUGCAGAAAGACAUGGAUAUGAAUCUUAAGCAGUUGGCUCGCGCUGGCGCUGGCUCCGAAAGCACAUUGCAUCAGCAGAUCGACUAUAGCACACAACAUCGUGUGCGCAGCAUCUCGGACGAGAAGAAUCAGAAUUGUGAUACCAACACCAGCACCAAUGGAGGCGGGGCCAAUCAAUCUAAUCUGGUCAAGUCGGCUGCCCAGAAAUAUGUGCAAAACAAUGCGCCAAUCAUCACAGCGAUCACCACAUCGACGAUGCCUGGCAAGUUCGAGCGUGGCAUCGGGAAUCGCGAACGUUUCUCUAGGAGCUCCAUGCCCCAUCCAACAGCAUCCACAGAGAGCAAUGCGAGUGUCAACAACAGAGAAAAGAUCUCACCACAAUUCUCAAUACGCGAUGUGACUGCGAUGUUCGAAUCUCGUUCACAAAAUCAAUAGACAUGUAGGCAACAUCGAAAACAGAAUAAUUAUAUAUAUUGGUAACAGAGAACAAAAGCAGAAGCUGAAGAAGUAUAAAAUGGAAUAAAGAAGCGGUCGCGUUAUAUAGUUUAUUUAGUUUGUAAAAUUCUAUAUAUUAAUUGCAUAUUUGGAAAUGCAUUCUCUCUCAACUAUUCGUAUACAUAUAUGUAUAUUGGAUACUAGACCAAGCGGCACCAAAGACAUGCAACACAAAAAUCGCCGCUGGAUAUGAUAUAUAUAUGUAUAUAUAUAUAUAUAUAUAUAUAUAUAUAUAGAG